AUGUUCGAGGCAUUGAUGCGAAGAUUUCCGGAAGUGCCACACAACCCCGCACCCCCAGCACCUUGGGAAGACAUUCUCAAACAACAUGAAUUCCCAGUGCAAGAAGACCCACUGGUGGAAGCAAACCCACCAGUUGAUGCAUCUAGAGCAGAACAGCCAAAACCAAUCUCGGAACGGUUUAGCAGGAAAAAUCCACUUGUGUUCGAAGGAACUUUGGACCCCCUGAUGGCAGAAGAAUGGGUCAGUGUACUAGAGAGAAUCUUUGACUUUGUGGCGGCUACCAAAAGGGAAAAGGUAAUCUGUGUGGUGUAUAUGUUGAGGAAGGACGCCCGCAUCUGGUGGGAUAUUGCUAGGAAGGGGCAUGACAUUGGACAGAUGGAAUGGGCAGAAUUCCUGACCAUGUUCAAUGCCAAGUACUACAACCAAACAGUGAUAGAUCAGAAGGUGGUUGAGUUUUCCAACCUAGUCCAAGGGUCAUCUAGCAUACAUGAGUAUGUACACAAGUUUGACCAACUCUCAAGAUUUGCUCCAGAUCUAGUAGACACUAAAGCCAACUGGGUAUGCAAAUUCAUGACGGGGUUGAAAAGAGAGAAAGCUCAGUUCGUGGACAUUGGGAAGACUAGCCUAGAUACUUAUGAUGAAGCCAUAGAGCGAGCAAUCUGCCAAGAAUCCUGGUACUGCCCUACUCAUAGUCAGAAGGGAGGAAACGACCAACCAAAGCCAGUAGGAACUGCUCCACGAGUCUAUGCACUCACCCAGGGUGAUAACGGAGCUGGGACUUUCGACAUGGUGUCAGAUCAGCUUCCUGUGGCUAAUAACUCAGCAUAUGCAUUAAUGAACCAUGGUGCAUCCCAUUCUUUUAUUGUUGCAUCUUAUGUUGAUAAGAUAGAUAGGAAGCCUGAGCCUAUGGCAAAUAUAUGUGGUGUAUCCUUACCUUCGGGGGAGGAUAUGAUGGUACGGUCUUGGGUUAAAGUCGUACUAGUUUGGGUAGCAGGUCAGGAAUUGACCGUGGAUUUGCUAGUUUUAGAUUUGCAUGAGUACGAUGUUAUUUUUGGUAUGGAUUGGCUAACCAAGUACGUGGCAAUGAUAAAUUGCAAACAAAGAAAUGUGACUUUUAACCCACCUGGGGAAGAACCGUUCGUGUUCCAAGGCACAGCCCGCGAGAAGAAUUUCGCUAUAAUCUCCACGAUGAAGGCUAGGAAAUUAUUGGACGAUGGAUGUAUCAGCUACCUGGCAAACGUAAUAAACAAGGAUAGGGAGUCUAAGCUACAACCAACUGAGGUAGCAGUGGUAUGCAAAUUCCCAGAAGUGUUUCCUGAGGAUCUUCCAGGGAUACCCCCGGACCGAGAAGUUGAGUUUGAGAUUGAGUUGAUUCCAAGCACCGCAUGUAUUUCAAAGGCACCAUACCAGAUUGCACUGGCAGAGCUUAAAGAACUGCAAUGCUCACUAUCCCAAAAGGCACAGAGGGUUAUGUCAUUUACAGUGAUGCAUCAGGUCAGGGGCUCGAGGAGUAUUGAUGCAAUACGGGAAAGUGAUGAGACCGGUGAGAGGAAAUACUUGGGAUUAGAAGAGGUAGACCAAGCUACGGAAGACAUUAGAUCAAUCCGUCAAAGGUUGCAGACCUUUAUAGUUCAACAACACAAAUAUGCUGAUCAUUGUCGGAGACCAUUAGAAUUUAAAGUUCAGGACAAGAUUGAUUGGCUUGGUGGAUUGGUGGCUUUGAGUGUUUCAGACAGUUUGGCUUGGUGA